GUAGCUGUGACUAUGAUUUACUUAUCAACAAAUAUUACUAGCUUACGGUCUGCACUUAUAUAGCGCUUUUAUCCAAAGCACUUCACACUGUGUAUUCACCCAUUCACACACACACUCACACACCAAUGGUGGCAGAGCUGCCAUGCAAGGCGCUAACUUGCCAUGGGGAGCAACCUGGGGUUCAGUCUCUUGCUAAGGACACUUCAGCAUGUGGACUUAUGUGGGCCAGGAAUCGAACCGCCAACCCUAUGGUUAGUGGACAACCCAAUCUACCACCUGAGCCACAGCCGCCCCACUAGCUUCUGUGUGCAUAACUAUGAUCUUAUCCCCUCCAUUUUGCAGCAAAAAAUCCUGGGCUGUGACUUUUUCAACAAAGUCUGUGGACAUCUUAAGCUACUGGAGAAAGAGUACUUUGGCCUAGAAUUCCGUCAUCAUAAUGGCAACUAUGUGUGGCUUGAACUUUUGAAGCCGCUGGCAAAACAAAUCAAAAACACCAGUGAGGUGGCAUUCCGUUUUAUUGUGAAGUUUUUCCCACCAGACCCAGGCCAGCUGCAAAAAGGCUUGACCAGAUAUUGUGGCAAUAGGCCCACGGCCGACGCACAUGAAACAGAGAUCGCUCCUCCCGCGACUGCUGCUGUGAUGCUGAAGCGACAGCUCUGCUUCAGCACCACCAAUGUUUUGGACAGCCGGAGAGCGCGUGACGGCGGGGCGGGGCCGCCAACACACACACGGCUGCUGAAUGGCGGGCGGCACGAUGAGACCGAUGUGAUCGGAGACUCCACCCCCUGCCUGCACCCGCAGCGCUGCCUGACGGAAAAAAAAGGAUCCCCACCACUCGGGAAAAACCCCAGCACAACGCCGGCAGCCCCUCGAUGACUGAGCACUUAAUCUCACGGUCACCCUUGUGCACACACACGCAUACACACACACUCUCUCGGACUUUUGUAAAUAAAAUUCCCCACGUGUUCACCAGAAGCAGCCUCCUGCGUGUCUGUGUUCUGCCCACUGCUGACUAAAUUCCCUAGGUGGAGGAUGCAGGCAUAAGCACAGACCCGCCCCUAUAAUAAAAAAAAAUCCCUUUCCAUAGAUGGAGUCCCUGCUGCAGCAAGCAGACCAUAACACAGCAGCUUGCCGAGAGCCUACAGGUCACAACUCGGGAGCUGCUGGCCCUGAAAGCCACGACCUCUGUGACCGCCACUCCUCACCCUGAUCCCAGCCGAGAAGCCCAGGACCUGCUUCCCCACUUGUCCCCAGAGGACGAUAUCAAGGCCUACCUGGAAGCCUUCGAAUGGGUUGCGCGCCAGGAGAGCUGGGGUAUUGAAGAGUGGCCGCGCAUCCUCAGCCCGCUGCUUUCUGGAGAGGUGCUUACCGAUCUGUGUCGGCUGUCGUAGGUGAAACACCUAAAGGCGUCUGUCUACCACCCACAAACAGAUGGGCUGGUCGAACGGUUCAACUGGACCUUAAAGCAGAUGUUGCGCCAGGUGGUAGAUGAGGAAGGGAGGAACUGGGACCUCCUCAUCCCGUACGUCCUCUUCACCAUCCGAGAGUGCCCCCAGGCAUCCACAGGCUUCACACCCUUCGAGCUCCUCUUUGGACGGCGACCUCAUGGACUGCUGGACGUGGCACGGGAAGCAUGGGAAGAACAGCCGUCCCCGUUCUGCUCGGUCAUCGAGUAUGUACAGGAGAUGCAGGAGAAGAUCGGUCGAGUGGCCCUGAUUGUCCAGGAACAUAUGAGAGCUGCUCAGGAGGAACAGAAACGAGUGAACAACCAUCCAGCACAACCUUGCAAGUUCCGACCUGGUGAUCGGGUACUCCUGCUAGUAGCCAGCAGCUCCUGCAAAUUCCUAGCUCGGUGGCAGGGCCCAUAUACAGUCCUUGAGAGGAGAGGUGCCGUGAACUAUCGCCUGCAGCAGACCGAGGAUUCAGACACGAUGGAAGACUUCGCUCCCUGGCUGCAUCCACAGAGCUCCCUAUGCGCCGAAUGGGAUCUCAGUUGCCCUGGAUGACCCCAGCACGCCCUCUGCAGCCCCGAGGAUGACACCAGUCCCUGAGCACUUCACCCCACUGCACCUCUUUUCCACCCACAUGCUCACAGUAUUGAAUAAAACUUUCCACGUGCAACACUUAAACGGCCUCCUGUGUGUCUGUGCUCAGCUCAUCGUUGUCUAAGCUUGCUACACUGGUGGAGGCUGCGGGCAUGAGCACAGACCAACCCACCUAAAAAACUAAAAAAUAAAAAAACACAUAUGAUGACCCCUGUGGCCGCCACACCUCUCCCUGACCCUGGUUGAGAAGCCCCGCGCCUCCUUCCCUGCCUAACCAAGGAGGACAACAUCGAGGCCUAUUUGGAGGCCUUUGAAUGGGUAACCCACCAUGAAGACUGGGGUGUCAAAGAGUGGCCUCACAUCAUCAGCCUGCUACUCUCGGGAGAAGCGCGCACAGCGUACUACAUGCUCUCACCGGAGGAAAUAGCGGACUACGGAGAGUUCCACCAAUGGAGCUACAGGCCCGGAGCCAAUCCACACGGACAGAUGGAUGCCCUCCUGUGCAUCAGCAAGAGGUGGCUCCAGCCAGACCAAUACACCGCCACCGAGGUUGCAGAGAAGGUAGCCAUGGUUCCUGAGAACUCUGCUGCCCACAGAACACCAGGUCGUAGGGAUGCAGGCUCCCAGAAAAAACAAAGAGCUAAUAACUGCCCUAGAAUGAGCCUUGGCCACCCUGGAACUUGGCAGGGAAGGACGACAAACACUCAGCCCUCCUAGAAAGUUCCCACCACACCAGCCAGAACACCAGAACUAUGCCGGGGAGAGAAGGAGCGGCCGAAGUUGCCCCGCCUACGAGACACCCAGGGACGAGGACCUGGGAAUGCUGGAAAAAGCCCAGAAACCUGGCUGGCAGGGUGUGCCCUCCAUAUGCCGAACCCACCCAAAACAUCCACCCUAACAGUACGGGUAGAGAGAAACCUGGUCACAGCCCUGUUGUGACCCUGGCCAGACCGACGAUUCUGCAAAAAAGAUCAGCAGGAAUGGAACCAUCACAGUGACCUGUGUACAUGGAGAUGCAUGGGAAGUCCCCACAGCCGAGGUACAAAUACAAGGCAGAAUAGGCACCUGGCCACUCUUGCUGGGCGUAAUUCCAGACCUCCCAGUGCCGCUGCUUCUGGGAAAUGACUGGCCAGGGUUUCCGACCAGCCCAGUUCCCAAGACCAGAAGGGCACCACGACGAGCGAAGGAGGCAUGGGUCCGGCAGGCCUACAUGGCCCAAGAUGAGGGGGACACCAUGGCAGAAGGUGAGCAGCAUGCAUGUACUAACCCGAUAUCAUCUGUGUUCCAGCAGGUGAAACGACAGGGGAACUUUGGGUGGAAGCAUAAGCAGGACGACCGUCUGAAACGUUGCUGGGCAGAGGCGCGUCAGAUCGAAGGGGUCGACCAGAAUCCAGACCAGGGACUCCCCACAACCUACAUCCUGGUCAGGGGAGGCCGGCCUUAUUACAGAACCAGCCACAGAGGGGAAGCUGGUGACCUCCUGGUGGUCCCCAAGACAAGGACCCAAAUACUGAUACACCUGGCCUAUGUCCAUCCACUCUGGGGCCACCUGGGGGCACGAAACACCCUGGAGAAACUGAAGGACUGCUUUAUCUGGCCAGGAAUGGAUGCAGAGGUCUGGGGCUUCUGCCAGCAGUGCCCCCAGUGCCAACGCACUGCCCAGAGGAAACCCCCACCAACACUCCUUAUCCCUCUCCCCAUCAUAGGCAUCCCCUUCAAGAGGAUUAGCAUGGACCUCGUGGGGCCACUCCCGAAAUCUGCCCGUGGUCAUGAAUACAUCCUGGUCAUCAUGGACUAUGCCACCAAGUACCCCGAGGUGGUGCUGCUACGCAAAGCCACCUCCUGCAACAUUGCUAAAGAACUGGUGCUCCUGUUCAGCCUUGUGGGGAUCCCGAAGGACAGACCAAGGUACGCCAUUUAUAUCGAAACUAAUGUCUGAUCUGUGUAUGCUGUUGCAGGUAAAACACCUGAAGGCAUCCGUCUACCACCCACAGACUGAUGGGCUCGUUGAGCGGUUUAAUCAAACCCUGAAACGGAUGCUGCGCCAGGUGGUAGAUGAGGAAGGGUGGAACUGGGACCUCCUCCUGCCAUACGUCCUCUUCGCCGUCCGGGUUUGCCCACAAGCAUCCACGGGCUUCACACCCUUCAAGCUCCUCUUCGGAUGGCGACCUUGGGGACUACUGGACGUGGCCCGGGAAGCUUGGGAAGAACAGCCCUCACCAUUCCGCUCGAUCAUCAAAUUCGUACAGGUGAUGCAGGAUGUCUGUGUUUGCUACCCUAGACACAGAUCACAAAGAAGCCGCCUUGGUCCAGCAGGUUGAAGAUCUCACCCCCACACAAAGACAGGAGCUGACGGAGCUGUUGGACCAGUUCACUGAUGUCUUUUCUACUUACCCAGGGAUGAUGCAGCUGGUCCACCAUGAGAUUAAGACCUGUCUGGGAGUGGUGGUGAGACAGCGGCCCUAUCGUGUUCUGGAGGCCCCCGCGCAAGGCUAUCGAGGAGGAGGUUGGCCGGAUUCUGCGGGACAACAUCAUAGAGCAGUCCGCCAGCCCCUGGUCCAGCCCCAUCGUGGUUGUGCCGAAGCCCAACAGAAGUAUUCAUCUCUUCAAUGACUUCCAGAAGCUGAACCAGGUCAGAGAGAGGGUUCCCGAAAACGCGACUAAUGUUAUGUUUUGUGUUUCUUCUAGAGGAUUCAGACAUGACGGAAGACUUCGCUCCCCCCCCAAGCAAAUCAAAGCAAAUAAAUAUAUCAGCCAAUAUAUUUUCUUUUUGUUUGCUUUUUUUUUUUUUUUUAAUCAAUGGUUCGAUUCCAUCGCAUCUUAAACCUGUGCCUGGGUGGGCAAUAGGACCUGGGGGAGUGAUCCACACUCAUCACAGUUUACUGUUUAAACAUUUUACAUUGGUUUUAUUAAUUACGCUGACCAUUAUCGCGGUUACAGUUCUGCUACUCACUCACACACUUGCUGCAGACUCACACACAGACAGCGAGAUCACAUCAUGACGCGGUCACGUGCCCCUCCUGGUUUUAAAGGGAAAUACUCCCAGAUCAUUACAAGAGGCGAUGUGCAACACAAGAGAUCGCACCAAACCGAAUCAAUCAUUGAAUUAUACAUCGUGUCAUGUAUACUCGGACAGACAAAUAAGACUGUAGUUUGACUACACAGUAGCUCGAUUAUA